CGGACAGUCAAACAAACAUUUAAAACACACACACACACACACACCUGCGUCCAGGUGAAUUAACUAACAGGUGAAAACAUGAGUUAUGAAUAUUAAUGUUGCCGCAAAGGAGCAGAGCAGGAAGUUAAACAGAAGCUGUGAUGCGUUUUCUUUUCUUUCUGCGGUAAAAACGUGCGACACGUGGAAUUCAAACGGACGCAGCUGCUGAUGCCAGAGCAGGAACGAAAAGCUUCCUGCUGCAGAUUGUUCUCGUCUACGUUUCCAUGGCGAAGUAGAGACGGCGGGAGAAGAGGCCAGCGUGGCAUGUUGACCGCGAUGUCGACGAGCAGGUCGCCCCAGAGACCGAGAGAAACGCAGAAUGACGACAAAUAAUCCACAGACCAGCUUCCUCCUGGGAAACGCCCAGAUCGUGGAGUGGCCCGUAGUGUACAGCAAUGACGGAUUCUGCAAGCUGUCGGGCUUCCACAGGGCCGAGGUCAUGCAGAAGAGCAGCACAUGCAGUUUUAUGUACGGAGAGCUGACGGACAAGAAGACCAUCGACAAAGUCCGGCAGACGUUCGACAACUACGAGUCGUACUGCGUGGAAGUCCUGCUGUACAGGAAGAACCGAAGUCCGGUGUGGUUCUACAUGCAAGUGGCUCCCAUCAGGAACGAGAACGACAAGGUGGUUCUGUUCCUCUGCACGUUCAAGGACAUCACCCUCUUCAAGCAUCCCAUCGAGGACGAGACCACGAAAGGAUGGACCAAGUUUGCGCGGCUGACGCGGGCACUCACCAACAACCGCAACACGCUGCAGCAGCUGGCGCCCAUCGGCAAACACGAAGUCAGCCACAAACAGUCCAGACUGGCAGAGGUUUUGCAGCUCAACUCCGACAUCCUCCCCCAGUACAAGCAGGAGGCCCCCAAGACGCCGCCGCACAUCAUCCUCCACUACUGCACCUUCAAGACCACGUGGGACUGGGUCAUCCUCAUCCUCACCUUCUACACGGCCAUCAUGGUGCCGUACAACGUCUCCUUCAAGACCAAGCAGAACAACAUCGUGUGGCUGGUGCUGGACAGCGUGGUGGACGUCAUCUUCCUGGUGGACAUCGUCCUCAACUUCCACACCACCUUCGUGGGGCCCGGCGGCGAGGUCAUCUCCGACCCCAAGCUCAUCCGCAUGAACUACCUGAAGACCUGGUUCGUCAUCGACCUGCUGUCCUGCCUGCCCUACGACAUCAUCAACGCCUUUGAGAACGUGGAUGAGGGCAUCAGCAGUCUGUUCAGCUCUCUGAAGGUGAUCCGCCUGCUGCGUCUGGGCCGCGUGGCCCGGAAGCUGGACCACUACCUGGAGUACGGCGCCGCCGUCCUGGUGCUGCUGGUCUGCGUGUUCGGCCUCGUCGCCCACUGGCUCGCCUGCAUCUGGUACAGCAUCGGCGACUACGAGGUCAUCGACGAGGCCACCAACACCAUCAAGACGGACAGCUGGCUCUACCAGCUGGCCAUCAACAUCGGCUCGCCGUACCGCUACAACGCCAGCGGCUCGGGCCAGUGGGAGGGCGGCCCGGGCAAGGACUCGCUGUACAUCACCUCGCUGUACUUCACCAUGACCAGCCUGACGACCAUCGGCUUCGGGAACAUCGCCCCCACCACGGACGGGGAGAAGAUCUUCUCCGUGGCCAUGAUGAUGGUGGGAUCGCUGCUCUACGCCACCAUCUUCGGCAACGUGACCACCAUCUUCCAGCAGAUGUACGCCAACACCAACCGCUACCACGAGAUGCUCAACAACGUGCGGGACUUCCUGAAGCUCUACCAGGUUCCCAAGGGCCUGAGCGAGCGGGUGAUGGACUACAUCGUCUCCACCUGGUCCAUGUCCAAGGGCAUCGACACGGAGAAGGUUCUCUCCAUCUGUCCGAAGGACAUGCGAGCCGACAUCUGUGUGCACCUCAACAGGAAGGUGUUCAACGAACACCCGGCGUUCCGGUUGGCCAGCGACGGCUGCCUGCGCUCGCUGGCCGUGGAGUUCCAGACCACGCACUGCGCCCCCGGCGACCUGAUCUUCCACGCGGGGGAGAGCGUCGACACCCUGUGCUUCGUGGUGUCCGGGUCGCUGGAGGUCAUCCAGGACGACGAGGUCAUCGCCAUCUUGGGUAAAGGCGACGUGUUCGGCGACGUCUUCUGGAAAGAGACCACCCUGGCGCACGCGUGCGCCAACGUCCGAGCGCUGACGUACUGCGACCUCCACGUCAUCAAGAGGGAGGCGCUGCUCAAGGUCCUGGAGUUUUACACGGCCUUCGCCAACUCCUUCUCCCGCAACCUCUUCCUCACCUGCAACCUGCGCAAGCGGAUCAUCUUCCGCAAGAUCAGCGAGGUGAAGAAGGAGGAGGAGGAGCGGCAGCGGGCGAAGAACGAGGUGCAGCUCACCAUCCCGCAGGACCACCCGGUCCGGAAGCUGUUCCAGAAGUUCAAGCAGCAGAAGGAGCUGCGCAGCCAGGGAGCGUCGGCCGCCCCGCAGCCCGACCUGGAGAAGAACCAGCUGCAGGUGGAGCAGCACCAGCACCAGCACCUCCACCCGCACAGCCUGCAGCUGGGCCACUCCAGCCUGCAGCACUCGCUGCCGCUCAGCCUGCAGCGGCCGCACUGCUCCAUGCAGAACGGGGCCCCGCCCAGCAGCAGCGUGCUGACCGUGUCGCAGGUCACGCCCAUGCAGAGCUCGCUGGCGUACAGCCACGCCGGCGAGCCCCCCGCCAAGCAGAACAACCGCGACAUCAUGGAGCUGCAGCCCAGUUCUGCCGGAGCGGCCGGCGAGCAGACGGUCCGGAUCAAGAUCAGCUCCAGCCCCGUGCAGGCCAAGCCGGCGCCCCGGGUCAGCGGCUGGAUGCGCCUGAAGAACAACACGGCCCCGGUGGAGGCCAGGAAGGAGGGGCUGAACAACAGCGUCAAGGCUGUUUCCGUGGAGAUGCUGUCUCAGGAGGGUAAAGGUCAGGAGGCGAGGGGGGGCGGGGGGGACGUGGAGCAGGGCGAGGUGUCCAGUAACAACCCGCUCCGCAAGACGGACUCCUGCGACAGCGGCAUCACCAAGAGUGAGCUGCGGAUCGACCGGGCGGGGGAGGCGCGGACGCCGGCCGCGGUCACCCCGCUGCUCCUCCACAGCCCCCUCCCCGGGGGGGCGGGGUCUCCUCACCCGUUCUACCCCAUCCCCGAGCAGGCGCUGCAGGCCGCGCUGCACGAGACCCGGCUGGAGCUCCGGGAGGACAUCCAGACUCUGGGGGGCCGUCUGGGCGCCCUGGAGGCUCAGGUGGCCGAGAUCCUCAAACUGCUGUCGGACAAGAGGCGGCCGUCCGCCGGGCCGACGCCGGGGCCGCCGCCGCCGCCCCCCUCCGCCACGCCUAAAACCAAAAUACAACGUCAGGACAUUUUCACCGUCUCCAGGCCCGUUUCCCCGGACUCGGAGAAGGACGAGGGGCUCUGAGGGGAGCUCACACCACUUGGUCUCGAUUCUCUGAGAUAACGAAAGAACUGUCUACUUUAACGUUUGCACACAGAACUUUUUCUCCGUCCGGGUCCCGUGAGGAGCGUUCACACCCGCGGGGGUUUUAUUAUUAUGAUUGUACAUACCCGUCUAUGCAUGUCCAGCUGGAUUCUGGCCUGCCAAAGAGAAACAACUCCACCUACGUAUUGCCUGUAUAUUAUGCAGUUGACUGCAUGCAAAGGAAAAAUUUAGCUGCACUGUAAAUAUGAAUAUUUUUCAUUGAUAAUUUACUAUGUGGACAUUCAGGGUUUGCAUACUGGUAGCACUAUUAACAUUAAAUAACAGAGAGGGUUUUUUCUGCAUGGAUUAUUUAUGAAUAGAACGAGUUUGUUUCUUUGCCUGUGAGACAUGAAACAGAAGUUUGAUCCACAGGUUUGAUACGCGAGGAGGGAAUGUCCUCUUUUAUAUAUAUAUAUAUAUAAAAAUAUAUAGGUUUGUGAUCUUUUUUGCUUCUUUAUUAUAAUAAUUUCUAUUUUUCAAUAACUUGAAA